CCGUCAUUCUCCUCAUCCCCUGUUUCUUUAUAAGUUCCCCCGCAAGCCCAUCUCUGCAUCUCCCCAUCUCUCGCUCUCUCUCUCUCUCUCUCUCAAAUAUUCAUCCAUCCUCUGUUUCCCUGUUUUACUCUGUUUCUUGGUAAAGUUCUUCAAUGGAGACCCAGUUGGCCAGUGAGAAACACCCCUCUCUGCUUCAAGAUCCAAGCACACCUCAAAGAAGCUUCUUCUUUCCCCAACUCGCCCUUAGAAUAUUGGCUUUUGCUGCUGCAUUUGCUGCAAUUUUUGUUUUGCAUGCUAGCGGGCAAUCAGUAACCAUAGCGGGCGUUGAGUUGACUGCUAAAUACUACUACUCAUCAGCCUUCAAGUUCUUGCUUGGUGCAGAUGUAGCUGCAUGUGCCUUAUCUCUGCUGUCUCUGUUUUUUGUCUGCGUUUUUCGCCAUACACAAACCAAACCCAAGAACUAUUUCUUCCUUAUUUUGCAUGAUAUGGUGGCAAUGGUGCUGCUGAUGGCUGGAAGUGCGGCAGCGACUGCGAUUGGGUAUGUGGGUCAUAAUGGACAAGAUCAAACCGCUUGGAUUGCUAUUUGUGAUCAAGUGGGAAAGUUCUGCAUGAGAGUGCUCAUUUCGAUUAUCUUGUCCUACUUAGCUUUUGCUUGCUUCUUCUUGCUUGCAAUCUUGUCUGCGCACAAACUCAAAUCCUCGGGCACUAAAUAAUGACCAGAAACAGAAAAAUAAUUGCUAGAGAGAAAAGCUCUGCUUUUUCUCAAUUUAAUGAAUAUUUUUUGUUCCCCCCGUUUAUCUGCUUUCAUCUCUGUAAUAUGAAAUUGUAGCCUCGUUGCAGUACAGUACAUGCACCCACUAUUUCCUUUUU